CUCGGCCCUAUCUUCAACGUCGCCAAAAUUUCUCAGAAAAACCCAGAGCUUUCCAAUACACAAAUGGAGCUUUCGGUUUCUCCUCAUCUUCUCACAUCUCCUUGCACUCCUUCUUCUUCUUUGCUACUCAAAACUAGGGUUAGGGUUUCACAAACCACCCUCAUCCCACCCCGCCUCCAGCUACCGCUCUGCUCAGCUCAUCUCCGCCACAUCCUUAAUCCAAUGGAAGCUCGUCCGUCAACAGUCACUCGCGCUUCUUUGGUCGAAGACAAUGGCUCUCCGAUAACGUCCUCAACACCCGACGCGGGUGCUCGGAUUGGAGAGGUGAAGAGGGUUACAAAAGAGACCAAUGUGGCAGUGAGAAUAAACUUGGAUGGUUCGGGCAUAGCUGAUAGCAGCACUGGGAUCCCUUUUCUUGACCACAUGUUGGACCAACUUGCUUCGCAUGGGUUAUUCGACGUUCAUGCAAGGGCUACUGGUGACAUUCAUAUCGAUGACCAUCACACAAAUGAAGAUGUCGCCCUUGCCAUUGGAACGGCUUUGCUACACGGACUUGGUGAUAGAAAAGGAAUUAACCGGUUUGGUGAUUUCUCAGCUCCACUUGAUGAAGCACUAAUUCAUGUGUCACUGGAUUUAUCUGGACGGCCACAUUUAAGUUAUGAUUUAUGCAUACCUACUGAGAGAGUUGGAACAUAUGACACACAGCUUGUGGAGCACUUUUUCCAGUCUUUGGUGAAUACGUCUGGCAUGACCCUUCACAUCCGGCAGCUUGCUGGAAAAAAUUCUCACCAUAUAAUUGAGGCGACCUUUAAGGCUUUUGCAAGGGCUCUUCGACAAGCAACAGAAUAUGACCCACGUCGUCGUGGGACUGUGCCAAGCUCAAAAGGGGUUUUGUCCCGCACUUGAUGUCAUCUUGAUGCAAAAGUACGAUGAUUGUAAUCAUAAGCUAUUUUCGUUGAUUAAAGCAAUACUGUUGCAAUGAAGUGGAUAUUGACGCACUUUUGUGCAGUGAAUCAGUGAUAACUAUUGCAAUAAAGAUAAACUGAUGUAAUUUGGAGCUACAUCUGCUGGAAGUGGCAAUGGAUGUUCAAGAUGUUGGAACUUAGAGCGCAUUCAGAAGCUUGUGUAGUAUAUUGAAGGGCGCUUAGGAACCAAGAGGACUGAAACUGGAUACCCAUCUUACGUUGUUAAACAUUGGAGCUUUUCAUUUGUUCAUAGCUUCUAGUUCAAACCUGCCAUUUCUUAAGAAGCUCCUAGAGGAAAAACCAAUGAGAGCAGGAUUGCGAAAAUGUUGUAACAUCUCUUGAAGCUUAUUUUUCUAUUAUUCUGGUUGUGCGCAUUUAACACUCAUCUAAUACAAGUUUUUGCGGUGAAGAUGAA